AUGUCUUCAGCAGCACCCGAACAGCCUCCACCAUGGCUGGAAAGCUACGCGACCGAUCGCCAUGACUGGCAUCAAACGACGACCAAAGACAACAACAGCAACAGCCGUGUCGUUCACUACCGCCGCAUUGGCAUCGUCGAAAGCCUGUUCCACACCGACGGCACCGACUUCGAAGGCCGAGCGGACCUCACGAUGCACCUGCACGUAGAGAUGAGGACGUCCUUGAGUCCCGACGCCUUGCGAGCACGGAUCUUGCUGGCGUGGAGCGUCAUGCGGCAGAAACACAUCCUUCUCUCUGCACGAGUGGCCAAGGCCGUCGACGUCCCGGGGGCAAUACAGUCGUCGUCCUCGUUCCACCCCGAAGACCGCGUGUAUGUCUUUGAGCCGAGCAGAGACCCCGGAGCGAUGCUGCACGAGGCAAUGAAGCACGCCGUGUUCGUGGGCGACCACUACCCGGAUGUGGACGUCGACGAGUUCUUCAUUCACACCCUCAACGUGCGCCGGUGCAUCGACGAGACCCAGGCCCUAAGUAGGCUCUAUGUCAUGCCGAUCGAGAGCGAUGACGACACCACCACCACCAUCAGUGGCCUGCACCAAGUCCAUUUGAUGUUCAUCGCGGGCCACGAGAUCGUCGACGGCCUGACCUCGAUGAGGUGGAUGUCUUCGUUCAUCGACCUGCUCAACCAGUCCGCCCAGCGACUGUCCGCCGAAGCCGCCCGUCUCUGCACCGCCUCGCCGGUCGACCGACUCCCACCCGCGCAGGAAUCCUUGUAUCCGCCGGUAAAAGGCUCUCCGGCGCGACAGCGUUGGUCGUGGCUCCUGACCCGCAUACUCCGGCACACACGACAGCCGCCUCCGGCGUCAUUCCAGAAUCCGCUUCGACGCCAGACAUCCCUUCCCCAGGCUACUCCCCUCAAAUCCAAAUUCUCCCGUGUUCUCGACUACACGCAGACGCCGCCGCUCAACACCUUCCCCCUGCGAGCAUCUCUGGGUCCCGCCUCCACGAGGCGACUGUCCCGUAUCUGUCGUCAGGCCCGCAUUAGUAUCGGCAGCGGUUGCUUCGCACUGGUGGCGCUGGUGAUGAUGGGUUUCGAGGAACGCCGCCACCCCGGUGUGCCCACGCACGAGCGUCUCCCCUUCGUAGGAUCGUUCCCCGUCAACCCCCGGCCGUUCCUAGGCGGCGUAAGCACCACAGGCAAGGAGGACAGUCUAAUGCUGGCGUUCAGCGACGGCAUCACAUUGCCAUUUCUACCUGCCACCAAUCUAGAUCUCGAGGGCCGGUUACGACUACUGGGCAAACAGGCCCACCGUCAGCUCCGCCGGUAUCAGAAGCGGCCACGAUCCCUCGAAGAGGAAGCCCACCUCGGCUCCCGUAGCCCAUCCCAGCUACUGCCUCAGCUAUACCUCUCGACGCUUGAGUAUCUCGCGCGGAAGAGCCCGAGUGCCCGAAAACGUGGCUGGAACGUCCAGGGCGCGUACCCGGCCCGCGCAAGUCGCACACUUGCAACCUGUGGGGUAAGCUCGGUGGGCGCUCGUGGGACCAUCAUCGCCGCGGGCAAGUAUGACACGAGGGGACAGAGAGGAGGCAGAGAAGAAUCACGACAAGGGUCGUUGUCACCAGCAGAACGCCAACAGGGAGCAGGAGCAGAAACAGGGGCAGGGGCACGCGACGUGGUGGCCGACUUCCGUAACCUGCACACCACCGUGCGCGCCCGGGACGGGGAAUUCCUCGUGGGCGUCGUCGGGGAUGGCGACAGCUUGAUGUUCGGAGUCAGCUAUGACGGCUGUGCCAUCGACUCGGGUCUGGCGGGCGAAUGGAAGCGCGUGAUGGAAAGCAUCCUCGAGGAGGAGCACAACGAUCCUGCUGCCGCUACGCGAGGCACUACCCCCAAGAUGCUGACGGCGUUUUCGUCCCAUAAGCUCUGA